CAUACUUUGCAUCUAAAAGUUCCUUUUAUGCAGCAAUAUUUAACAGAAAACCAGCAGCAGCUAGCACUAAGGCACUUCCAACCGCAGCUCUGCGCUGCUUUUAACGCCAGCUGAAUACAGCCAGCACAGAUGCAGGAGUGGGGGGUGCGGGGUGGCACAAGUCUUUCCUAUUCCUUGUAUCGUGGGGACGAAGGACUUCUACCGUUGAUUCCUCCCCCCCCUCCUCCUCCCCUCCACCCCCAGCAGUGGUCUUUAACACGAUCACAGUAUGCACCACAAUGCUUUAAAACAGCAAAGCUUCUGGAAAACCCAAACAAAAGGAACGUCACUAGGUGACGUCAGCCUAUAUACAGCCCUGUGUGGUCGCAGCGCAUAAGCAAAUCCAUUCUUGUACCGCUUCCCUGAAAAGCUUUUCAGUAAAUGCACUCAUGCUACUACAGGAGCUUCUCUCAGCAAUAAGCCACCCAUCUGCCAUCAACAAGUUAGGACUAAAGGAAGCCACAGCUGCGGAAAAAGAAAACGUGAGCUUCAAUUAAACAGCUGAGCAGCCACAGAGGACGAAAACUUGUAUUAAGCAUUGAUUUAAAAAUUGCAGACCUGUCAGAGGAGAUCAAGCCAGUGAUUUCAAAAGGAAUAUUCCAAGAGAGCAUCGUGGAUUCAGUUUUGCACUAAUAUCAAAGGACACUAAACCCAGUAAAUUAUUCAAAGGCUAUCUUACAUUAGAGCCUUUUACAGACUCACCGCGUUGAGUCUAAAACUACGACUGAAUGCAACCUCCAAUGUACUCAAAAGAAUGGGCUUACAUUUCAAGUGGCCAUUAGGGGCUCGUAUGCUGGCAGCACUAUAUGCAAUGAGUAUGGUUUUAAAAAUGCUGCCUGCCUUGGGCAUGGCUUGUCCACCAAAAUGUCGCUGUGAGAAGCUGCUCUUUUACUGUGACUCUCAGGGGUUUCACUCAGUGCCAAACACCACUGAAAAGGGCUCGCUAGGUUUGUCACUGAGGCACAAUUAUAUUUCUGAACUUGAAAGGGAUCAAUUUGCAAGCUUCAGUCAACUUACUUGGCUUCACUUAGAUCAUAAUCAAAUUGCAACAGUCAGAGAAGAUUCUUUUCAAGGACUGUAUAAACUUAAGGAAUUAGUCUUAAGUUCCAACAAAAUCUUUCAUUUGCCAAACACAACUUUUAGCCAGCUGCUUAACCUGCAGAAUUUGGACCUCUCUUUUAAUCAGUUAUCCUCUCUGCACCCCGAGCUCUUCUACGGCCUUCGCAAGCUACAGACCUUGCACUUGCGAUCCAACUCCCUGCGGACCAUCCCGGUCCGCCUGUUCUGGGACUGUCGUAGCCUGGAGUUCCUGGAUUUGAGCACAAACCGCUUGCGAAGUUUGGCUCGCAAUGGAUUUGCAGGAUUAAUCAAGCUGAGGGAGCUUCACCUAGAGCACAACCAGCUGACAAAGAUUAAUUUUGCUCACUUCCUCCGGCUGAGCAGCCUGCACACGCUCUUCUUGCAGUGGAACAAAAUUAGCAACUUGACAUGUGGGAUGGAGUGGACCUGGGGCACCUUAGAAAAGCUCGAUUUGACUGGAAACGACAUCAAAGCCAUCGACCUAACUGUCUUUGAAACUAUGCCUAACCUUAAAACCCUCCUAAUGGAUAACAACAAGCUCACCACUCUGGAUUCCAAGAUCCUAAAUUCGCUGACAUCCCUCACCACCGUGGGCCUCUCCGGCAAUCUGUGGGAAUGCAGCCCAAAGAUCUGCGCCUUGGCCACAUGGUUGAGUGGCUUCCAAGGUCGGUGGGAGCACUCCAUCCUCUGCCACAGCCCCGACCACACCCAGGGAGAGGAUAUUCUGGAUGCAGUGUAUGGUUUUCAGCUUUGCUGGAAUUUAUCAACUGUUGUUACACCCGUGGCGACAACGGACGCAGCUCCGACUACCGAGUACACGAAAAGAAUGAGCUCUUCUCAUUUCCAUAUGGGAGACAAAGAGAUUCCAACUACGGCAGGCAUGGUCGUUACCACCGAAGAACAUUUCCCCGAGCCAAACAAUGCCAUCUUCACUCAGAGGGUAAUUACAGGAACAAUGGCUUUAUUGUUUUCUUUCUUUUUUAUCAUUUUUAUAGUGUUCAUCUCCAGGAAGUGCUGCCCUCCCACAUUAAGAAGAAUUAGGCAGUGCUCAAUGAUUCAAAACCACAGGCAGCUCCGAUCCCAAACACGGCUGCAUAUGGCAAAUAUGUCAGACCAAGGACCCUAUAACGAAUACGAACCCACCCACGAAGGACCCUUCAUCAUCAUUAAUGGCUACGGACAGUGCAAGUGUCAGCAGCUGCCGUAUAAAGAAUGUGAAGUAUAAUACCUACAUGCCAUCAAAAAUUAAAUCAGAUAAGUAACCUAUUUUAAAAUUGUAGGGGACCUACAUCAGAUUCUAAUUUUUACAAAUGUUGACAUAAAGCCUAAUUUUCCAAGCUACUUAAUGGAAACAUUGUUUAUGGAGUGGUGCAGUAUUUUUAAGUUUUUUAAAAAAUAAAUCCAUAAUAUUUUCAGUGUUAAAGAAGCAAUGAUCAAACUUGCACUCCUAAUGUUUAAAAGUCUAAAAAGAUGCUCACCUCAAACUAUGUAAAAUGUUUCAUGUUAUGUAAUUAUAUGACUGUGUGUAAACAUUUAUAUCCAAGUCUCCAUAUUCUACUUUUUCUAAUGAAAACAGUCCGAGGGGAAGGAUACUGGAUAUCUGUACAGAGAUCUGUGGGGGGACGUACGCUCCAUUUGUUCCACUGCAGCUGUAGGAUCCCAAACACUCCAGCUGGCUCUGUUCACUUUAAAGGCAGCCGUGGAGGAAGAUUUUCCUCCUCUGAUAAUUUCACUCCAGUAAAGAAAAGGGGAGGGGAAACAACAAAAAAAAAAAAAAAAAAAAAACAGAAAAAAAAAACCAAAACAAACCAAAACAAAAAAAGGGCAACAAAGGUCCAGGCGGGGAUUUCAGUGCAUUAGGGACCAGUGAAUUUAUUUUAAAUAGUUUCCCCAUCUGCAUAUUCAGUUUGGCUUGCCUAAACGGACCUUGCUAAAGCUCACAACAGACACAGAAAGGAGCAGUUCACACGAUCACAAAUUAGCAGGACGACUCUCCAGGCGCUUACAAAGUAGGCAGUGUAGCUUAUUUAGGAAGGCUCAGUACGACGGGAUCGAUUCUAAAUAUUAAGUGCAUUCAAUUAUUAUCGGCUCUCUGGUUUGACUCGAUGCUUUUCAUGAAUUCAGGCUAAUUACUACUAUGAACAAACAGCAUUUCAACACCUUUUCAUGUGUAAAUACCCUUAAUGCAAGUUUUUCUUAAUUAAAAGUAAAUAUCAAUUGCGAGGUUAAGGAGAAGAAGGAAGGAAGGAAGAAGCCUCUCUUUGUCCCCCCGCUGCCCCCCCAGCUGAGGCUUCCUCUCGCCUGGAAGCUAUUUUCAUGCACUAACUCCACUGGUUUCUCUGGAGACAGAAUUAGCCCCUGCAAUAUAAGCUCUCACUUGUCCUCCUCUUCCAAAAUUCAAGGUAAUUACCAGUAAAGAAUAAACAAACCACAACAAACAUACCUUCUGAUAAGUUAGGAUAAUAUAAUUAGUUUAUAGAAUAGUUCACUGAAAAAACAUUUUGUUUCUUACUUGAUAUGGGACAGAAUCUAAACUAGUAUGCCAUUUAAAAAAAUCAUAUAUAAAUAUAUAUACAUACACGCACCUCAUUCUUAAGGAGUAAUUUGAUUUCUUUAGCCAGAAGUACCAUAUUGCUAUUUAUACUAUAUUAUGAAAUUAUAUGUAAAUAUUUGCAGAUCUAUGCAGCGAUGGUGGUACUCAGAUGCCACAGGGACAGGGGGGGUGGGGGGUCUGCAAAGGAUUACAUUAUUUUUAAGUCAACUGCUCAUAUAUUGUAAACAUUCUAACCAAAGCUAAAAGGACCAGAGGGAUGGAAUUUUUUUAAUAUAUAUAUACAUGUAUGUAUAACAAAAAAAAAAAAAAGUGUGUUGUGUCCAAUGCUGCAGUGUUAAACAAUUACCAGCACAUACCGAUGAAGAAAAGAAAUUCCUCACAGUGUUGACAUACCUUGAACAAAUCAGUAAUUACAGUAUGCUAAUUGUGUUGUACUAAACUAUUCUGCAAACUUUUUAAACUGAAAAAUCACUGCAUAAAAAUCUGUUUGCUAUUUCACUCUGCUUUUAUAUAUCUGUAUUACCACUUAGUGAGGUAUUUAGGGUGCAAUUAUACAACAGUUUGAUGUUUUAUUGUGAAAUGAAUUCGUCCAAGGCAAUUAUAGCAAGAUAAGUGUGACUUCUGUUAAGAUUUUACAUAAAGAUUUUUCAAUUACUGGUUUUGAAGAUAUUAAUUUGCAUCAUUUUACUUUUACAUACAGUGCCCUUAUAAAACAAAUAUUUUGUUUACUUCUUGUGACUCUGUACUUUAAUGGAAGAGAUGUGGUGAAGCCUAAUGGUUUUCCAUAGAUUCCUUUGAACCCUCGUAACUGUUCAUACUAUGAUGAGCUGAUUUACACCUAUUCUAGGAAAUCAAUUACUGCUUUUAACUGAAUACAAUAAAUCCUGCAGGGCAGGUGGACAAAGAGCAAAUAUUCUCUAUGACUAAAUCCCACGUGAGCCAGAAGGCCAGACCUAAGCUGAUAAAUACAAAAACGUAUUGGUAUUUAAGGGGUUUUGGCUGCUUGUAGAAAGAUUUGCUUCAUUCCUUACCAGGAGUAAGUGCUCCCAGCUCUCCCCUCACACCCAGGCGUGGGUGUAUCACUGUCUCAGCAGCAGCCUGCCCCUGCCCGUGCACCUCCCUCACCUCACGUUAACUAACAUGAUGGUCUGCACCAGGGGGAACUGGAAAGCAGACAUUUUUGAGAUGAGUUUCAUGUACAGCUGUAGGGUACGAGCAGAGUUAUAACUAAACUCAUUAAUUACCCUGGCAGCCAAAUAAUCUGGCUACACUAUCACCAACCAAUACUGAACUCUGGUGUCCUCAGCUGCAUUUGCAAGAGGAAUUCCACCUUUCUCCUCAACACCCAGCAGAAAUCUUUGCUGUAAGACAGUUCAGAAGGAACCCCGUCAGUCUUCCACAUAGUAACGAGGAGUGGACACUUGACUGAAUCGCUGAGGUUCCUCCCAAGCAGGUGCUUUCCCAACACACCAGCUCUGUGUAGAGACCCACUCCAUCUUUAUUAGCUUACUUAUGCCCAAGAAGAGUAAAGUCAGGGGGUGUUCCAGCAAUGCUGGAUUUAAUCCUCUUCUCCAUUCCUGCUACUCCUACUGAUUUUCCAAGCAUUAAAGCACUGUUCCAUCAUCUCUCAAAGGAAACACACCCAAGCACCCAGUCUCUCCCCAAAACCAGCAUCCCCAGUUUCCACUGGUCCUGCAGUGCUGCCUUGGCUUGCAGACAGCAAAGCAGGAGGCCAGCAGACACAGCCUAACAUGGCAACGUUCAAUUUUACUUUGACUCUCUGUACUACACACUAAUAUGCAGCCAAUCUCCCAAAUGCCAUGGUUUAUGUCUGCCAUUUCCAAAACCAUUUGUUGCCAGGUUCCAAGCGUAAGCAAAGCAAUUCUGCAAACAUUACAUUUAGGGUAACAGGUAUCAUAAAACUCGCAGAAUGUCAAACACUAGCAGUGAAGUCAACUUGAAUUCCCUUAGGAGGGACAGCAACGACAGGCAAAGCCAUUACUCUCCACAAGGACAGGACUAGAGGCUGUUAAUUUUCGAGGGGGUUUUUUUGUUUUAUUUUUUAAAAAGUUACUGUUUUCCAUUCUCAAUUGCUUGUGACUCUUCCAGGCAAGGAGGGUAUUGUAAUAAUUGCAUUACUCAGCAGACUGAUUUAUUUUGUUUAUGGAACAAGAACCAUGAUGAUUUGGUUUAAAUUAAUCAUAUUUCAGUGUGAGCACCGGCCGAUGAGAAGAGGUUGUUAACUUGCUCUCCCCAGCUAUCAUCUCUGAUGCACAGCCUCAGUUUCUACAGAUGCUGAAUGGCAUUCGAGGUGCUUCACCACCUCUAGGCACAGCCCCAUGCAAGUGUUCAGGGCCUUUUAGAAAUGAAAAUGUCGUCUUCUGCUCUUGAGAUCCUCAUUCCAUCCAAAGGUCUCCAGCCUCACUGAUCUCCAGCCGGCUUUUCCUCCUCCUCACCCUCGUGUCAGUGAAAUGCAAACCUAGCAGUACAAGUUCAAUUUCUGAGUCAUCAUACUGGAACAGGUCUGAAUUAAAGCUUUCAGUUUCCCUCUUGUUAGUCUCUCUGUAUUAGAUCAUCGUUUCAACGCACACAACUAAAAAUUACUAAAAUGGGUUAGCGUUUAGUCUCCAGCUGAAGUGCUCCUCUGCACAGAGCUCCCAUUUCCUAUCAGAUGGAAACAUAAUUAAUGCCGCUGUAUCAAUGUUUGUUUUUGUUUGCUUUUCCCCCAAGCAGAAAUUAUCUGAUUUUUCAGCGAUAAGAGUAUAGCUUGCAUGCAAAUCUAAGCAUCUCAGCUUAUGUCCCAUUACCCCCUCUUAUAAGAUAGUGGCCUAUUGCUAACAUGUAAAAUCAGAACUAUCCAGUGGCUUUAAACCAGAAAUCUGCACUACACACUUAUUUUUUUAAUGUGUCUAAGUCAAUUUCUGUACUACUUUAAUGAAAAUAAAGUUGAUUUAAUUUUGUGAUCUGCGUAGCUAUCAAAAUCCAUCUGUUCAGACCUAUGAAAUCUAUCCAGAAGCUGAAUUUCAUCUUUCUUAUGAAGUUUUCCAUAAACAUUAAAAGUUCAGAGAUAUAUACAGUAUUUCUCCUCCCCCCAAAAAAGGAACAAGCAAGGAAACCACAAAAAUCAAAGGCAGUUUCACAGCAGCUGCUCCUCCCUCCCCAUGCCUUUCUCCAUUGCAAGAAGUCCCAUACACUUAAACAGGUGCCAGGCUUUACUUUUUAAGCCGUCACACUAGCAGGAUGCUUAAAGAUCAUUUCAGAGUCACCUGGGAAUUCAGCAUUUCACAUCCUGUGUAAAAACCUUUUGAGAGGUAUCUAGGGAAAGGUAACAGCAGCUUUGAUGAAUAUAAUCAAGCCUCAGACAGGGCAAAACACCAUGCAGCUUGUGCACCUCUGGUGUAAGCACUGAAAAGCUACACUUGUUAUCCCUCCACUACUCCUUUGGAAAAAAAAAAAAAAAAACCAAAACAAAAACAAAACCAACCAACCAACCAAAACCCAUCCCAUUUUUCUUUUUACUAAUGAAAACAUUAAUAAGUGAACUAUUCUACCAUCUUAGCAACCAGAGAUUAAAAAGAGUCCUAGAUGCAUUGUAUUUAAAUUAUGUUUAAAGAGCCAACUUCUGGUGGGAGGGGGAUGUAAGUAAUGGAGUAAAACAAAGUGCAGUGUACAGAAAAAUUUUGUUAUUAAAAUUGUCUAUACUGUAAAA